UUAGAGGGCAUCUUUUUUCUUGCUUCGUAUGCUUGAACUGGAUUGGCUAAGGGACUGGGAUUUGUUGGGCAUGCCCUUUGAGCCCACUAUAAUAUUCCGGUGGCAGGUUUGAGGAGAGAAUCUUAAAUCCUCACUCUUGCCUCAAUAGAUUGGGAAUAAAAGGGUGGUCGUUGUUGUUUUGUCCAAGGAAAGCCAAGGCCGAAGAGUUUCCAACUUCUCUCUCUCUCUCUUUCUCCCUCCUCUGUUCUUAACAAAGGACUAGACCUGAAAGAGCCUUGGGAGGUUAGUUAUAGCAACCUGCUGAAGCUUCUCAAGCAAUCUAGCAACAAGUCCAAGGACAGAAGAAUUGAGCAAAAUCUGAGAAUUUCAAUGGGGAGAUAUCUGAAACAGUAUGACAAGGACUACAUGAAGAUGGCCAUGAUAAAACAAGAGGAGACCUUCAAACAACAGGUCCAUGAACUCCAUCGCCUCUACCGAGUACAGAAGCUACUGAUGAACGACAUGAAGGCGGAGAUCAAGCGACAGAGAAGCACCCCCAACAUCCGAAACAAACUAAACGGGUGGAGCAGAAAGAGCGAAAGCGAUCCCGUAAAACAAUGCAAAAGCAACGAUAACCAGAGAAGUAGCUAUCAAGUACUCAAUCUUGAGCUGCCAGCGGAAGAGUACAUCGGAAAGGACGACGGAGAUGCAAUGCAGGAGGCCGAGGAAGAGAGCGGCCUUGAGCUUACGCUGGCCACAGGAUGCACCGGGAGGAGGAAGAAGAAGGAGAGCUCGUUUACUUCGGACUCUGGGGCGAGCUUCUCGUCGUCGUCCACAGAGUCCGGAGGAGCGAGAUUGAAUGGCAACGACUGGGGGUUGUUUCAGGUGAAGGAUGUGAACCUGAUGAGUGAGGAGAGAGUGAACAGGCCUCCUUGGCUCUUCCAGUGUCUAAGCCUGAACAUGACAUAAUAAGACCUGCGAGUUUGAGAAGGCUGUUGUAAAGAAGGAGGCUUAGUUUGUCUGACCCUAACCAAUCUUUAACUUCUCCUUGAGCUGAAAAUUUUAAUUAACUGCUUCA